UUUACAGUAGCCAACAAGUUAGUACGAAUCAUCAAAAUGAAAUACUUCGUCGUGUUAGCCCUUUGCGUCGCUGCGGCGUCGGCGUUCGCCAUUCCCCCCGCGGUGAGUGGUGCGGACGCGGCUGAGAUUCAGCAGAUCAUCGACGCCAUCUACCACCCAAGCACUGACCCCGCCACCGCUGCCGCCCUUGAGCAAAUGCUCCUCGAGAUCCUCGGCAUCAACAAGCCCGUCGUCGUCGAGGACUCCAUUGUACCAGACCGUCCUCCCAUCCACGUCGGACCCGCAAUCAUCGACGAGUCCAUCGUCUCUGAGCCAGCCAACUACCGCCCUCCUCUUGUGCAAGUCGUCGUCAACGUUAACGCCGAUGCACCCCAAGAUGCAGUUGUCGUAGAACACAACAAACCUGAAUUUAUUAGUCCCGCUAUGCCGCUUCCGGAGAUCCGCUACUAGAAACUACUACCUACUUAUACGGCUACAAUCUGUAUAUUUUAAUAAAAUACGACU